UUCGUCCUCAUUGGGCUUGAUCCAAAGAAAAAUUAUCAUUAAUCAACAUAUUGGCUUUACCAUAAUUUUCCUGUUUUUCCAAUUAGAGGAAUUAAUGAAACUGCAGUUAUGAUAGUAGCCCAAUCGUAACGGACCAUCUUUGAAUGAGUUACUAAUAAUUUAGCUUGCAACAUUCCUAAACAUCACGCGAUGGAAACAACGAGCACCGGCUACUCGCCGACGAUAGAAGAUGUACGGGAGAAUUUGCAGCUGGCUGCUAUUAAGGAAUCAGACUUGCAAAGUGUAACGCAGAUCUUGUUCUCCGAGCGAGAACGCGAUAUGCACGAGCGUGUAAAAUUAUUGGAACUCGAUGAGAACUUGUUGAAGACGAUCGAGAAGGGAGAGAGUUUAAAGUUUCAGGGCUGUAAGAAUGAUACCGUGGUGCUCUGUACUAAAAAUCGAACGUACGACGUCAAAGAAGUGGAAAUAUCGAAUUCCCUGAUGUUAACACCUAACUUAGAGUUGUCUGAACAAACAAACGUAGACACACCUGAUAGAACAAUGAAGGUUCUCAAUAUUUCAGGGAUUUUUCAUACAUAUUUUGAGGCAAAGGAAUGUGAGCCCAGAUUGGAAAAAUUAUUCACUAUACUCGAACCGACGUCUUACAAGGGAGUCGAAUACGAAUCGUCGAUACCUGAAGAAGAUCUGUACGAUUGGCGUAGAUUGCAAAAUGAGAUACAAGCUAGCGAAGAGGAACUGGUUCAAGCUUUGAACGAUUACUUCAUAGUCAAUAUUGAUGGCUAUUUUCGGUUGAUAUCGUUCGAAUUCAAAGUUCGAUGUGUGACCCUCAUGUUAGAUCUCUUCGAGGAAUUUAGUUGGGAAAUAGACGAGGUGGAUAGAGAACUUACGUAUGACCAUUUAAAAGACUUUAUACCCAAACCAGUUUUUGAUACCCUGUUUAAAAAGUAUACAAAUACAAGUGACAAAUCUAAAGAGGAUGGAACGAGAUUACAUAGAUAUAACGAGGAGCAGUGUUGUAAAACUUUGGCAAAGGUCCUCCUCGCUGCUUCUCCAGUCACUGAGUACAAGCAGUUCAUGGAAUCAUGGAAUAUCGGCACGCCAGAAAAGAUAAAACCGAAAGAGGAGUACUUGAACGGGAUCGCUCUUAUCAAGUGGAACAGUUUAACGAUGGAGAAGGAAGUGGUAUCCUACGCAGAGACCGACCUACCAAAGGAUAUUAACGAACGAUUUAAUGCACUUUUCAAAGAGAAGGAUAAGUGGACAGUCGAAGAGAUUACACCGUACAUAACAAAUUUAACGAGUCAGAAAAUGAACGUGAACGCAGCUUUAACGAAAUACGCCAGGUGUUCGGUGAUUAAUGGUGUCAAACAUUACAGCUCGAAGCACGGUAAAUAGAAGAUCCUUCCUGAUGCCGAAAUCAUUCUUGCUGUUUAUUACUUUGCUCCGUGUCAUAAUACAUAGUUACCUUUACACAGUUUUAUAAAUACUUUUUUAUACGUUUACACACACACUCUCUCUCUCUCUCUCUCUGCAUCAUUUACUGCCUAUAACAAUAACAAGAUGAAUGACUGAAUGAA